AUGAUAUAUCUGUAAUAAGCUUAUAAUUCUUAAUAAUCUUCCUUUUGAACGGAGGUCAUCUCCUCCUCCGUUCUCCGGCAACCACACUUUCUCAUCACUGUUUCUGAUUCUCUGUCUCAGGAUAAAGAGUUUCAAGGGUGAAUCUCUUGGUAAGAAUGAAUCCCUAUAUGCAAACCUUCUUCUCUUGUAGCUGUUGAGAAUUCGGGAUACUUAAACUUCUUUAAGCAAUUCUUCCUUUUGGUAAUUAUGCAUGUCUGGCCCUGUGGCCACAGUUGAUUAUUUGGUUGGAGGAGCACUUUCUUGUGCAGAGAGAACAAAAUCUCUUGAUGUCAUUUAUGGAUCAGACCAUCUAUCUAUAUUGACAAAUGGUGGAGCUGUUCAUUCCUCGGAAAUUGAUGGCUUUAGUGUUGGAGAAAUCUUGCUUUCUAAUGGAGAAUCAUAUUCUGGGACCCUAUUUGGAAAUAUUCCGGAGGGCCAGGGAACGUACGUCUGGUCUGAUAGUUGCAUGUAUGAGGGUGAGUGGAGAAGGGGGAUGAGAAAUGGGAAUGGAAAAAUAAGAUGGCCUUCUGGAGCGGUGUAUGAGGGGGAAUUCUCUGGUGGCUAUAUCCAUGGUACAGGAACAUAUAUUGGUUCUGAUAAUUUGACCUAUAAAGGUAGGUGGCGAUUGAAUCUUAAACAUGGUUUGGGUUAUCAGGUUUAUCCUAAUGGAGAUAUCUUUGAAGGCUCUUGGAUGCAAGGAACACCAGAGGGGCCUGGAAAGUAUACUUGGGCCAAUGGAAAUGGAUAUUUAGGGAAUAUGAAAGGUGGGAAAAUGUCAGGAAAAGGAACUCUCACCUGGAUAAAUGGAGACUCAUAUGAGGGAAGCUGGUUAAAUGGCAUGAUACAUGGGUUUGGAGCUUAUACAUGGAGUGAUGGAGGCUGCUAUGUUGGGACUUGGACAUGCGGUCUAAAAGAUGGCAAAGGAACCUUUUAUCCAAAAGGCAGCCAUCUUCCAUCUGUACAAGAAAUCUACCUCAAUGCCAUGAGAAAAAGAGGGUUAUUGCCAGAUUUGAGAAAGCAGAACCAGGUGAGAGAUGUCAAGGUUGGUGCAAACCAGAGAGUAAGUCGUGUUUCAUCUGAUAAACUUGCAAAUGAGAACCUGUUAAAUCUGGAACAGUCUAGUAGAAGAAAUGUUUCUCUUGAAAGGCGUUGGAGUCUUGAGGUAUCUAUUGAGAAAGUGAUCGGGCAUGAUUCAACAUUGGGUUUAACAGAAUCUGUACCUGGAAGCAGAGAUAAAGAGAUUAAUCCAAAGAUCCCAAUUUUGGAACGAGAGUACAUGCAAGGUGUAUUAAUAAGUGAGCUAGUGUUAAAUAAUGACAUGUUUUCAUCAAUGUCUAGAAGGGCAAGACGACUUCAAAAAAAGCUUGUUAAAGAGAUUAAAAGACCUGGUGAAGUAAUCAUUAAAGGUCACAGGAGUUAUGAUCUGAUGCUCAGUUUGCAGCUUGGAAUAAGGUAUACUGUGGGCAAGAUUACGCCCAUACAGAGGCGAGAAGUUCGGGCAUCAGAUUUUGGUUCCAAAGCAAGCUUUUGGAUGAAUUUUCCUAAAGAAGGUUCUCAAUUGACACCUCCUCAUCAAUCAGAGGAUUUUAAAUGGAAAGAUUACUGCCCAAUGUUGUUCAGAAAUUUAAGAGAGCUGUUCAAGAUUGAUGCUGCUGAUUACAUGAUUUCCAUUUGUGGAAACGAUGCUCUGCGAGAACUAUCUUCUCCAGGGAAAAGUGGUUGUGUCUUUUUCCUGUCUCAGGACGAUCGUUUCAUGAUCAAGACACUGCGAAGAUCUGAAGUCAAGGUGCUUCUAAGAAUGCUUCCAGACUAUCAUCAUCAUGUAAAGUCAUAUGAAAAUACACUCAUCACAAAAUUUUUUGGCCUGCACAGGAUUAAACCUUCAAGUGGUCAAAAGUUUCGCUUUGUUGUAAUGGGAAAUAUGUUCUGCACAGAAUUAAGGAUCCAUCGGAGAUUUGAUUUAAAAGGUUCAUCCCUUGGACGGUCAUCAGACAAGAUAGAAAUUGAUGAGAAUACCACGCUUAAAGAUUUGGAUCUGAACUACUGCUUCUACUUGGAACCGUCUUGGCGUGAGUCCUUAUUAAAGCAGAUCCAAAUAGACAGCAAGUUUUUGGAAGCACAGCACAUUAUGGAUUACAGCCUUCUUCUAGGUGUCCAUUAUCGAGCUCCCCGGCAAUCGCAUCCUCUCUUGUCAUACAACCAAAGUGUGGAUGGGUUAGCAAUGCUUGCAGAGGAAGACCCUCUGGAGGAUGAAGUAUCCAACUAUCCACAAGGCCUUGUUCUGGUUCCUCGAGGAGCAGAUGACAAUAGUGUUGUUGUGGGUCCACACAUGAGGGGUAGCCGGUUGCGAGCUUCUUCUGCUGGUGAUGAGGAGGUGGAUCUACUUCUACCUGGUACAGCAAGACUCCAAAUCCAGCUAGGUGUGAACAUGCCAUCAAGGGCAGAGCAGAUUCCAGGAAAACAAGAAAAGCAAGUGUUCCAUGAGGUGUACGAUGUCGUACUGUACCUGGGUAUCAUUGACAUAUUGCAAGACUACAACAUGACCAAGAAGAUCGAACAUGCUUAUAAAUCUCGUCAGUUUGAUUCGUUGUCUAUCUCAGCUGUGGACCCUGGGUUCUAUUCUCAUCGCUUCCUGGAAUUUAUUCAGAAAGUGUUUCCACCAAAUGCAAUGGCAGGUUAAAGUUAUAGGAUUAAAUUUAGCCUGUUAGUUUGUUCAGAAAGGGUGAACAUUGCCACCUUUUAUGCUUGCUCCAGAAGUUCUAUUUAGUAGGUGGCCACAUGGGCACCUUGGUAAUAGUAGGAAUCAAGUGUCAUCUGGUAUUGUAAAUAAUCUUAGAUAAAUUACACAAAUAUAUGCUUUGAAUUUAUAAUCAUUAGGUGGAUGAUAUGGGUUUAUUAUCUCUUAUU